GCGAAGCGAAGCGUUACCGGCAGCUUUCAUGCUUCACGCUCUGCGCUCUCUGCUUCCGUUCGCAGGUGCCCUCUGCGGCAACGCGCUUUCUUCACUCAUGCUGCUUCAACCGAACACCACCCAGGAUAUAGACGCCGACUCCUAAUUCCACUUUUUCCAAAAACACUACGACACCUCUCCUUAAAUCGGCACUGGAUCUGUGUGGACGGAUGAUUAUCUAGCCUUCUCAUCGAGCCGGCAGCGAACACAAGAAAGGAACAAAAAUGACAGCUCAGCUGAUGCACAGUACCCCCUCACGUCACCUGGCUUUCAUUUCCUUAGCCCUUGGAUUUCUCGUGAUCUGGACAGCAGUGCUUGCCGGAGUUCUCGUUUCGCGGACAUUAAAAGAUGAAGCAAGUGCUAAAGAAACUACCAAAGUUUUUCACACACAUGAAGAUGUAGGAAAGCUGAUAUUUGCACUUGGUCACGAAUUAGCUUCUACAGUUGACUGGAUGCUGUCUACUUCAGACAAAACUAAAACGGACAAUAUUAUUGUGACGUGGAAGAUGACGGACAGCGUUGUGAGUAAAGUGAAAGAAGACACUAGUGAAAGAUGGGUAUCAAGUGUAGUCUCGAUGCUGGAUACCUUACAAGAAAGACUUGGUGUGUUCAGAGAAUCUAUAACAGAUAUCAAAACAAAUCCAUUAUCAACUGUCAAGUUUUAUCUUGAUCUCUGUGAUUGGGUUUUGCAGCGAUGUUUCUUAUUAGACUAUACUGGUCAGCAUUUGCCAGUACCUAGCUUGCCAUACACAUUAUUCGUCAGAGGUAUGGCACAACGCUUUGGUGAAUUAGCUCUCGGGACUAUAUAUGUAAAAUCUGAUCUACCGAUAAAUGAAUCUGAAUUCUUCAAGUUAAAAACGGGUAGCGAAGAACUAAUGGAAGCUUCUUUCCAUUUUACUCCUCGUGCGCGUACCAAGUGGAUGGAACUUCAGGAACAGGAACCUGGUGUUCAAAAAGUCAUGACAGCUGUUGUUGAAGAUAUAUUGUCAGGGAGCUCACUGAGGGGACAAAAAGAACUAGCUCAUGAAUAUUUAGAUGGAGUGAAGGAGCAAAUUGGUAUGCUUCUUUUGACAAAAGAAGUAUUAAAUGCAUCUCUAUCAUCGUGGGUAGAAAGACUCUCUCAGAGAUCUCACAACACUCUGGCUUUCCAUAUGUCGAUUGCCAUAGUCGCUGUUGUAGCAGUUAUUCUGUGUCUGAUAGUCACAAGUUGUUCUUGCAGUCAUUUAAACAAAGGACAACACGAUGCGGAAAAACAUAAUAGUCAAAUGCCUUAUAGUGUCUUGGAAAGACCCGUUUUACCAUCAAACAUGAAGCCACAGUGCUACAUGUAAGUUCCUGUACAUAAUAUACUUGUAGCAUAGCAGAACUAUUUAUUAUCAUUAUCAUUCUUGUACAAAUGUAUUAAGUUUUUGAAAAUAAAAUG